AUGUUAAAAAUAACUAAUAAAGCAAUUACCAGAAAUCUAUUAUGCCUUAGUUCCAAGCGCUCGAUAGUGUUUCAGGCAACUAAGUUAAGAUCUACAAUAAGCACAGUAGAGACUGAAAAAAUCAGAAAACCAAUUACUAUAAACGACGAAUUACCUGACCCAACAGAACAUCAGUUCAGACAAAGAUUAGGGUUUGUUGCUUUUGUUUUAUCAGUAAGUAGUGCUUUAGGCCUUCUUUUCAAUUAUGAGAAGACAGAAUCGCCAAUUGUCGUUAAUACUAUAUACUAUUUACGUAGAUCUGCUAAAACCAGGGAAAUUUUAGGUGACAAUAUUGAAUUUGAUGGUUUGAUUCCUUGGGUUUCUGGCAAAUUAAAUCAAGUGCAGGGGAAAGUUAACAUUAAAUUUCAUAUAAAGGGUAGCAAUAACGUAGUCGGUACUGUAAGACUAGUUGCUGAUAGAAAUAACCGUGAUGAAGAAUUUUUAAUCCAUGAAUGGACUUUAACUGUCAAUGGUCAAAAACUUGACAUUUUAUCAGAAAUAGAAGGAGCUUCAAUUUAA